GUGGCCUUCACUCCAGCCGGACUUAACAGCUGCUGGCCCCGCCCCUUCGCGAGAACUCUGAGCACUGGGCCCGUAUAACAGUAUUGCUGAGGACGCCGGACCCGCAAAAGGCUGUCCCUCCCAAACCUGGGUUUCUGGGCUGAGUUCAUCUGCGAGUCGGCCCUACCUGCACUGCUCCGGUCUAGUACAAGCAGGCUGCUGGCAUUGAGGUCUGCUACUAUGCUGCUGCUGCACAGAGCUAUGGUCCUCAGGCUCCAACAGGCCUGCAGACUCAAGUCAAUCCACUCAAGGCUCUGCAUUCAGGCCUGCUCCACAAAUGAGUCAUUUCAGCCCCAGCGCCCCAGCCUCACCUUCUCUGGUGAUAACUCCAGCACCAGGGGAUGGAGAGUCAUGGGGACCCUAUUAGGUCUCGGUGCAGUGUUGGCCUAUCAGGACCAUCGGUGUAGGGCUGCUCAGGAGUCAACACACAUAUACACUAAGGAGGAAGUGAGUUCCCAUACCAGCCCUGCAACUGGGAUCUGGGUGACUCUGGGCUCUGAGGUCUUUGAUGUCACAGAAUUUGUGGACCUACAUCCAGGGGGGCCAUCAAAGCUGAUGCUAGCAGCUGGGGGUCCCCUAGAGCCCUUCUGGGCCCUCUAUGCUGUUCACAACCAGUCUCAUGUACGUGAGUUACUGGCUCAAUACAAGAUUGGGGAGCUGAGCCCCGAAGACAAGGUGGCCCCCACCGUGGAGACCUCUGACCCUUAUGCUGAUGAUCCUGUACGUCAUCCAGCCCUGAAGGUCAACAGCCAGUGCCCCUUUAAUGCAGAGCCCCCCCCUGAGCUGCUGACAGAAAACUACAUCACACCCAACCCUAUCUUCUUCACCCGGAACCAUCUGCCUGUUCCUAACGUGGAUCCAGACACCUAUCGAUUACACGUAGUAGGAGCACCUGGGGGUCAAUCACUGUCUCUGUCCCUGGAUGACUUGCACAAGUUUCCCAAGUACGAGAUCACAGUCACUCUGCAGUGUGCUGGCAACCGGCGCUCUGAGAUGACUCAGGUCAAAGAAGUAAAAGGUCUAGAGUGGAGGACAGGAGCCAUCAGCACUGCACGCUGGGGUGGCGCACGGCUCUGUGAUGUGUUAGCCCAGGCUGGCCACCAACUCUGUGAAACUGAGGCCCACGUCUGCUUUGAAGGACUGGACUCAGAUCCUACUGGGACUGCCUAUGGAGCAUCCAUCCCUCUGGCUCGGGCCAUGGACCCUGAAGCUGAGGUCCUGCUGGCAUAUGAGAUGAAUGGGCAGCCUCUGCCUCGUGACCAUGGCUUCCCUGUGCGUGUGGUGGUUCCUGGAGUGGUGGGUGCGCGCCAUGUCAAAUGGCUGGGCAGAGUAAGUGUGCAGCCAGAGGAAAGUUACAGCCACUGGCAACGGCGAGAUUACAAAGGCUUCUCUCCAUCUGUGGACUGGGACACUGUCAAUUUUGACUCUGCUCCAUCCAUUCAGGAACUUCCUGUCCAGUCGGCCAUCACAGAGCCCCAGGAUGGAGAGACUGUAGAGUCAGGGGAAGUGACCAUCAAGGGCUAUGCAUGGAGUGGUGGUGGCAGGGCUGUGAUCCGGGUGGAUGUGUCUCUAGAUGGGGGCCUAACCUGGCAGGUGGCAGAGUUGGAUGGAGAGGAACAGCGCCCCAGGAAGGCCUGGGCGUGGCGUCUGUGGCAGUUGCAAGUCCCUGUGCCAGCUGGACAGAAGGAACUGAACAUCGUUUGUAAGGCUGUGGAUGAUGGCUACAAUGUGCAGCCAGACACCGUGGCCCCAAUCUGGAACCUGCGAGGUGUGCUUAGCAAUGCCUGGCAUCGUGUCCACGUCCAUGUCGCCCCAUGAACAUGGAAAGGAGCCACCUCAACCCCUUUUCCCACCUACUGGCCUCACUGCUUCAGAAAUAUCUUUCCCAUCUCUCGACAUCUUGGAUCACAACUCUGGCCUUCCUAAGCCAUACCCAAGUACACAUAUAGCACAUUUCACCCAGGGACCCUCCGUCUUUGAACAGUAUGUUACAUACCCCUCUUGGCCUUUGAACCUGUGCCAGGAAGUGUGAGCUGUUACAGUAAGGGGCUAGAAGUAAGACAAGUAAUUCUGGAGACAAGGACGAUUUUGUCUUCCUACCCCACCUCCAUUUCUAACGCCUACUGCCAUCAAGGCCUUGUUUUGCUUUUCCUUUUGGAUUCUUCAAAGAAAUGUGUAUGGCAUAUGUAAGAAAAGUGUAUAUACUAUUUUCUACUGCUUCUCCAGGUUGCCAGAGGGUUGUGAGGAAAGCAAGGGGUGCAACCGUCUCCUUUUAUAGUUCUACUUUUCUAAUAGUCUGUUUAAGAUCAU